UCAAACGGACUUUGAUUGUGUUUAAACUUGUGAAAUAUGUGUGAGCCCAAGUCAAAUUUUGUGUCACAUGAUCUCGUGCACAAUCUGAAGUGUACCAAACGUGGUCCAAGGAUAAGGCACGACAUGAGAAAGACGAGAACUUGGCCGGGAGCCCGUUUUAUGUGCGUUUGCAAGGACGGGGAUCUGAAUACGGCUGCCUAUUGUUUGGCGGAGUUUAUGCACGAGCCAUUCCAGCCCUUCCCCAUGGCCACGGUGGCAGUGCAUCAUUCGAUCAAGGAGGAGUUCAUUGAGAUGCUGCGCAGUCGCUUCCGGCAGCUGAAACCGCAUGUGGCCAAUCAUCCGAAUUAUUUGCGAGCCGUCGAGGAGCUGAAAUACGGACCACGACGGGUGAAAUAUGUUCUGGCCGAUCCGGCCGAUGCUCCGCCCUGUGCCAGUCCCAUUUUGCUCACGGAUGAUGUUACCCAUUUGUUCUUCCCGAGUGGACCUUCGGGGACCACAACUAUGCAUUCCUUUCAAACGAUGCAGCAGGUGGCGCAUAUCUUUGGCAAGGAGACCCCAAAGUUCGAUGCGGUUUAUUUCUUUGACGAGGGCAUUUCGAGUGUCUAUAUUUUGGCCGAACUCAUCAAGUGUGUGCAGUUCUUUGUGAACUGCAUGGAUGCCUGUCUAAUGGAGAUAAUGACGUACUAUAUGGAGCACAUGCCCAUGGUGAUCUACAAGCGGGGCUAUCACUACGAGACCCUCGAGCUUGGCAAUCAGUGGAAGAUCAUCGUCUUUCCCUAUAGCACUACUAUUUUGAGGCAGUGUUGCUGCCCCACUGGCCAAUGUCGCUGCUAUGCCACCCAUUCGGCCUGCUGCGAGGACCAUUUGCACACUUAGAGGAGGAGGAAGUCAGACCAUCCCGCUGAUAAUUUCGACUUGGAACUCCAUCUUGGCAAAGUGAAUCCCAACUUCCUACGUCUGUUCUUCGACUGCCGUCGUCGCCCCAGAAAUCCGCAGUUCCAAUGACUAGUUUGCGACUGGCAACACAUGUGAGCCAUCAUUUUCGCGGUACUUGCCUCUUGAAUUGCUAGUAAAGUGGUCAUUGGCUAUGAAUGAUUAAUAUUUAUACGAUUGGGAACUGAAAAUUCAUGGCUUCUAAGAUAACCAGAAGGUACUGGGUGACAAUAAAACGGUCAUGUUUUCACCAUCAAACUACAUUAUUUUAAUUGAAAUUUAAAGUAGUUAUGUAUACUUUUCAUUUAUAAUAAAACUUUCAAACAAAUUAA